AUGGAGAGUCUUCCGGGAGCGGAGAGCCUCCUCCACGGUCCAUUUCCGGAUAACCAGACUUCAACUGUGCCACAACCGGACUCUGCUUCCGAGCAGUUCUCCCAUUCCAAUCUCUCACGCUCAUCAUCUCUCGCUCAGAAAAGAAUAUCAUCACUACCUCGUGCAAAGACGGCCCGCCAUGCCAAACGCCUCACCUUGAACUUCCCCAUCAAUCUGAACGAGCCUGAGACACCCGAUUGCAACGUCACCUCACCCAGCUCCAUAACCCCAGUCACACAGUCCUCAACUCGCCCCUCCCCCGCUCAGCCUCCGGGAACACCUAUGGCAUUUGAUGUCCCGGAUGAUGGCUAUGACUUCCUGCGGGCCAUCGCCUCCCAGGAACGGAAGGUGAUGGAGCUUCGCGAGGAGCUCACAAGGGCCGAAGCAGACCUAGUGACAAUUAAGAAGCAAUGGGCACUUUCUGAAAAGUCCAGGAAGCGGGCGGAGAUCAACCACGUGGAGCCACUAGUGCCCCUGCGGUCGCCUGAUUUCUCAACACCCGAGGUCUCGAGUUCACACGUCCGGGAACAGAGCAUGAGCUCAGUUACAAGCUCCACGGUGUCACAGGAACGGAUAAGCCGGGAUCUAGACCGACGAUCUAGCGUGCGUGCUGCCGCCGCCGUACCAGGAACUAAGAUUGGAACUAAUGGUCGGCGAGUGUUUCACGGCGCACAUACUCGGACUUUGUCUCUUUUGUCGCCAGUCUCAGGUCCCAGCCCUUCUUCCCGUGGAGAACCAUGUCUCUCAAAUGCUGACCGCGUGGGUCGUACUCCGCGGUCCGCAACAUUACCAUCCGUCGACCGCAAUAAUGCAGCUUUGAUGAGUGCACAACUAGACGAGACCCAGGUACCAGAACAUCUACUCGCACAGUGGCAUAAGACUCUUCCUCCCCCUUCGCGGGAGGCCUUGGUGCGCACGGGCAAGCAAAUGGCAUCCGAUCUCCGCGAGGGUCUGUGGACAUUUUUGGAAGAUAUCCGACAAGCUACCGUGGGCGAGGAAGGAAUCAACGGCACGCAAACACGAACCUCACCAUCCAACUCAUUGGCACCACCAAAUGGUCGCAAGCGGGACUCGUUGGCGGGAUCCCGGAGUCGAGAACGGUUGCUAGCGGACGGCAAGCUAUCGCGAUCAUCGUCGUCAUCGUCUUCGCGGGGGAGGGGGCCAGCGGCCGAGACAAAAACUGGUAAAGACACCAAGCCGGCAGAAAUUUCCACAUCUUUCUGGAACGAAUUCGGCAUUGAUACACCUGCUCAGAAGUCUCCGAACGCUCCGCGCACCCCCUCCGACAACAAAGCCGCCAACCGAAACGAGGCGACCGAAGCCGAACAGCGCGACCACCCCUCUAGUAAUUCAAUCGAUGCGCAGGAUGAAGAUCUCGACAACUGGGAUAGCUGGGACACGCCGCUAUCCGGACAGAAGACCCACACGCCCUCAUCGAGCCGAUCAACGGUUGCAUCCAAACAUGAUCAAUCACCCACCACACAGGGUAGCAGCCCUCGAACCAGCGCUAGCUUUGGCGAUUUGAACCCGGCUUCCUCUACACUUGAUCCUAGUGUCUCUGAAAGCAUUCCCUGGCCUGCAAUUACCAAGCUGGCUCCCUCGAAGCUUCAGCGUACUGCAUCCAAUCUGAUGGCAGAAUGGGAGCGCUCGCUGUCGCCUACUCCAGAGCGAACUGCCUCUCCUUCGCUCAGUCGCAAGGACAGCAAGAAGGACUAAUAGGGUUCUUUCUUUCCUUUCAUGUAUAUACUUGCUACCUCUUCUUCGACCCUAUCUACGGAAUUACGUAGGGCUACGACCUUCGAACUAUACCAUACGAGAGCGUUGCUUCUUCUCUUGUCGAUACAUUUUCUUCUCUUUGCUAUCUUUGAAGUACUUGUGCAGGCUUCGAUUUGCUUUUAAGAUUUGUUGAAAAUACCAGUUGAUUUGAUCACAUGCUGUUUUUGGUUAUCUAGCUUCAUGAAUACAAC